AUGGUAGAAAUCCAUAACAAUAUGUGUGGAUUACGCCCUGGGAACUACAACAAUGGUCACAAGAUACUUCAAGGUAAUGGCAUGAUUGGCAAGUUGAUUUUGAAGAAUGACCCUCUGCUUAGUCAAAUCAGUUAUCGUGUUCUCCAACUGUUUAACCUUGGUGGCCUCCUUACUUCUCUCCUCUUGGCUAACUUCCCUCCAAUGGCACAAUAUUGUCAAGACUUGAUCGGUAUCACCUUGGCCGAAUCAAGACAUCCAAAUGGUUCCAUCGCUGUGAAAAUGAAAUUAGAAGGGGUAAAUCGGGGCACAGUUGAUGCUACCUUAGAUCUCAGUUUAACAUAA